AUGUCUAUAAAGCUGAUAGGUGAAUUUUUCACAAAAAUUUUGGAAACUGAGAUAUUUUUUUUAAAAAAAGUGAUAAAAUACUGGCUGGCUGAGCCAGUAACUUUGGGUAUAUAGGUUUUUGAAAUGGCUUUCUAACAAAGUCAGAGAAAAUGCUAAUAGAUCAGAAAAAGAAGAAGAUAAAUCGAGCAAUAACAGCGAUUCUGGUAGGAAUUUUUACCACAAUUUUGAAAGAAGAGAAAAUAAAAUAAGAAAAAUACUUGAAGAGCAAACGGCUGAUUUCCAAGAAUUAAGAAAUUUGUGCUGAAAAGGAAUAAAUGACCCUAUAUUGAGAGCAGAAACUUGGAGGAUUUUGUUAAAUUAUGAACCUGCACAAAAGGAAAGAAGAAUUCCGACCUUAGAAAAAAAGAGAGAAGAGUAUAGGUCUUAUAUUGUGGAAAUUUAUGAGGAAAGAGACGAUUUGAAUGGGAUUUUGACACAGUUGGAUAAAGACAUGCCAAGGACAAGGCAAGAUUUUGCAUUAUUUAAAAAGCAAUGCAUUCAAAAUAUGAUGAGAAGAAUUCUAUGCUGAAAUUGUAUAAUAUGCUAAAAUUAUAAUAAAUUAGUUCAUAGACAAUUAAUUUGAAAGAAUUAUUCUUAUUAAGCCAACGCAGAAUAUAUAUUUUAGCUAUAAGAAAUCCUGCAUCAAGCUACGUGCAAGGACUAAACGAGCUUUGUGUGCCUUUCAUUACAGUAUUUUUAAUGCCUAAUUAUCAUUGUGACCCUAAACGGUUAUCAGCUCCUAUUGAAGAUCCAAGUCAAGAUCUUCUAUUACAAGUAGAAGCAGACACAUAUUGAUGUCUCGCUAAUAUUAUGACUUUUAUGCAUGAUUUCUUCAUGCAUAGCACACCUGGUGUCCAACGCGCAAUGAUAAAAAUUGGUGAUGUCAUAAAAAGAGUAGACCCUCAAUUAAGUGCUUAUAUGGAAAAUGCUGAUGUUACUCCAAUUAGCUAUGCAUUUAGAUGGGUAAGCUGCUUUAUGAUGAGAGAAUUUCCACUGCAUUUAGGACUUUAUGUGUGAGAUGCUUUUAUUGCUGAUGAAGGCGGGUUUCAUGGGCUUUGUGGGUAUUUAGGAGCUGCGCUGGUAUUAAACUGGAAAAAUGAGCUUAUGCAAAAAAACAUGUCAGAAAUGCUUCAGUUUCUCCAUAAAGUCCCUACCCAGCAUUGGGAUAUUGAAGAAAUUUCGAUGCUACUUUCCAGGGCUUUUUAUUUUAAAUCUUUGUUUGAUGAUAGCCCAAACCAUUUAGGGUAA